GGCUACUCCAAUCGCCGCCCGGCCCAAGAAUGGGGCGUGGACAAGCCGAGCAAAAGUUCCCGCAGAUUCUGCACGCUGGGCGGGUGCCGAAGCCCAGGGAUCUAGCCCUGCUGGGAAGCCCGUUCACAAUCUCCGCAGGGACCAUCGGAUGCUCCCCCGCCGAGAGCGCACGCACUGUCCAAAGGGCCAGAUCCGGACUCAGCCCGCCAGCCAGGCCAUGGUGCCCUCAGGGCUCCUGGUGACUGGCGCCUCCUUUGCCGUGUUCCGGGGGCUGCACUGGGGGCUGCAGCUGCUGCCCACGCCGGGAUGUGCUGCUCAGGACCGUUGGAAGUGGCGGAACAUCUUUGUCUCCCUGGUGCACAGCCUGGUCGCCGGGGUCGGGGCGCUGCUCGGGCUGUCGCUGUUCCCUCAGAUGGCUGCCGACCCGAUUCAUGCCCACCCGCCCUGGGCCCGGGUGCUGGUGGCUGUGUCUGUGGGUUAUUUCCUGGCAGAUGGAGCUGACAUGCUGUGGAACCAGACCUUGAGACAGGCCUGGGAACUUCUCUGUCACCAUCUGGUGGUGGUGAGCUGCCUCAGCACUGCUGUUCUGUCUGGUCAGUUCGUGGGCUACUCCAUGGUGUCCCUGCUCCUGGAGCUGAACUCUGUCUGCCUGCACCUGCGGAAGUUGCUGCUGCUUUCUCACCAGGCCCCUUCCCUGGCCUUCAGUGUGGCCAGCUGGGCCACCCUGACCACCCUGGCCCUCUUCCGCCUGGUGCCACUGGGAUGGAUGAGUCUGUGGCUACUCCGGCAGCACCACCAGGUGCCUCUUGCUCUGGUCAUCCUCUGUGGAAUUGGGCUGGUCACUGUGAGUGUCAUAAGCAUCACACUGGGUGUGCGACUCCUGGUCAGUGAUGUCUUGCAGUCUCAGCCACACCGAUUCAUCCCUGGGCACAAGGAAACAAGGAGGACCAGGACAUGUUGGGAUGGUAAGCUUCUUACCAUGGACGGUUCCACUCUCAACCUGAAGGACUAGAGAGAAGCCAUAGGCUCCUCUGCUGUCAGCCCAGGGGGAGGUGGGGCCAGGACAGGGGGUUGUGGUUCUCAGUGCAUGGUCCCUUGUUGGGGUAAGGCUGACUGGAUCAUCAGUCUCUCUAUUCCUCUUCCAGCUAACUCACAUCCCUACUCGUUCCUAGGGUCUAAGGAACAAUGCUGAUGUUGGUGGAUGGGUGGGAACCUGGGUUACUGUUCUCUGAAAUCUAUCAUCAGAUGACCACUCUUUCCUGCAAACACACUUAACAGGUAACAGCCAGAGCUAUCAAUAAAGGGAAACAGGGGCUCUGCGCCUGUGGCUCAAGCAGCUAAGGCGCCAGCCACAUACACCUGAGCUGGCGGGUAUGAAUCCAGCCCAGGCUGCCAAACAACAAUGAUGGCUGCAACCAAAACAUAGCCAGGCGUUGUAGCGGGAGCCUGUAAUCCCAGCUACUUGGGAGGUGGAGGCAGAAGACUCCCUUGAGCCCAGGAGUUGGAGGUUGCUGUGAGCUGUGAUGCCACAGCACUCUACCCAGGGUGACAGCUUGAGGCUCUGUCUCAAAAAUAAAUAAAUAAAUAAACAAAUAAAUAAAAAAUAAAGGGAAGCAGGAGACAUGAAGCUGGAAAAAAGAUGCCAGUGGAAACAGAGACUCUUUGCUUUAGCACAGGGUGAGGUCUUACUAAGAUCAGAGAGAUUUGGAAUAGAGGGGACAGGUCAGAGGGAAGACAGACCUCACCUAUGACCAAAUUCUGGCUGUGGGAGGAGUGCCCAGGAGGCGCUAUCUAUUGCCAGUGGAGAUGGACAUGAUAGUUGCCCAGAGACAGAAUCCAGGGCACAGAAAUUGCUGCUGAUAUUUUUGGUUCUCAAGCCUUACUGAUUGGGCAUGAUGCCUCAUGCCUGUAAUCCCAGAACUUUGGGAGGCUGAGAUGGGAGGCUUACAUGAAGUCAGGAGUUUGAGAACAUCCUGUACAACAUAGUAAGACACUGAUUCUGAUUUUUAAAAAAUUUUUAAAAUUCACUGGGCAUGGUGGCACGUGCCUGUAAUCCUAGCUGCUCAGGAGCCUGAGGUAAGAGGAUUGAUUGAGUCCAGGAGUUUGAGACUAUGGUGAGGUAUGAUCAGGUCACUGCAUUCCAGCCUGGGUGACAGAGCAAGACUCUAUAUAAAACAAAUACAAAAAAGCCAUACUAUUGUGUUUGUACUUAACUCUGGUCCUACUUUGCCCAGUCUUUUAAAUACAUUUUUUUAAGUUAGUUUUAAUUUUAAAAGUUUGUUUCUUUUAAAUAUUUUUACGUAUCUUCGGACUUUCAAACAAAAUGUAGAUUCUUAGAGGACUGACCACAGGACUAGAUCUGUCUUCUUAGGACAGCACUGAAGUCCAGCAUCAUAGAAAGGACUGAAACAUGCAUUUGGGUCCCCAGUGGAGGGUCUUCCCAAGCCCAGGCUUUCAUGAAAGAAUGAGGCCAGAGGCAGAGCAGGGGAGAGGAGGCUCCCACUGGGCUGCAGAGGGAUAAAGGAAUAGCUGACCCUCUUCUGGAAUUCAUUCAAAAGCUCUCCUUCCUCCCUGCUGCUUCUGCUACAUUUUUUCUAUUGCAUAAGACCCCUCCCUCCUCAAUCAGAACAUCAGGUUAGGGGAAGUGUAGAGCAGAUAAAAGUUGCUGUUCUGCUAAACAAUGAAUAGAAAGAGAUAACCCUUAAUCAUCCCGGGGGAAAAAAAGACACAGGAGGAAAAACAAGAGACAGGAAUUUUUUUUUUUUUAAAUCCUGCUAACUUAGCUGAGGUAGAGAGAGACAAAAGGAUAGCAGAGGC